CUUCGUUUGUCAUGUGAUCAUGCCCUGUAACAUUUGUAGUCCAUUAAAACGUUUUCUUUUGGUAUUAAAAUGCUUUGCAUGAAGUGGCAAGCUAUUUUGGUAUACUUUGUUACAUGUAUCUCUAUUACACUGGUAGAUGGUGGAACAUUCACCAUUGAUUACGCAGGGAACCAGUUUUUGAAAGAUGGCAAACCGUACCGCUACGUGUCUGGGAGUAUUCACUACAACUCUAUACCCCGCGUCUACUGGGAGGAUCGGCUUAACAAAAUGUAUGCAGCCGGUUUGAACUCCAUUACUACAUACAUUCCAUGGAAUUAUCACAACCCAAGACCAGAAGUUUAUGAUUUUGAUGAUAACUUGGAUUUUGUCAGCUUCCUCAAGUUGGCUCAAGACAUUGGAUUCACUGUUGUUCUCAGACCUGGACCCUAUGUGGACGCAGGCUGGGAUUUUGGUGGACUUCCAGGAUGGCUGACAGCACAUGCAAAAAACAUGGUGGUCAGAUCAAUGGAUCCAGUGUACAUUCCUGCUGUGGAGAAAUGGUUGAGUGUUCUGAUGCCAAUGGUCAAACCUCUUCUCUAUCAGAAUGGUGGACCAAUCAUUGCCGUGCAGGUAGAAAACGAAUAUGGCAGCUACUCUGCGUGCGAUUUCAACUACAUGAGAUACUUGAAAAAGACACUCCGGGAAUACCUGGGAAACGACAUUGUUUUGUUUACUGUCGACGGAGGGGCCGACUGGUACUUGAAGUGUGGAACUCUUGAGGGUCUCUACGCCACAAUAGAUUUUUCUCCCACCAUGAAUGCCACCAAGGCAUUUGAGCCUCAGAGGAGAUGGGAGCCUCAUGGCCCUUCUGUUUGUAAUGAGUUUUACACAGGAAUAAUUGACUACUGGGGUGAACCGUGGCACCAUUCUGAUUGGAGACCUAUAGCAAAGAGUCUUGAUAUUCUUCUUGCCUAUAAUGCUAGUGUUAGCAUAUAUAUGUUUGCAGGAGGAACAAAUUUUGGUUACUGGCCAGGAAUCUUACUAGGAAAACCAUUGAAGAUAGUGGUUACAAGUUAUGAUCAUGAUUCUCCAAUUACAGAGGCCGGAGAUACUACAGAAAAAUAUUUUCAAUUGAGCAAGGUUAUUAAAAAGUAUACAAGUAAUAAACCCAUGCCAGUUCCACCAAAUGUCACCAAAGUUGCGUAUGGAUCAGUUACUUUAACUAAGUUGUUUUCAAUACAAGAUGGUGUUUUAAAACUUACGUCUGGUGUUGUGAAGUCAACAUAUCCCAUCAACAUGGAGAAUCUGGGACAGUAUUAUGGUUACAUCUUAUAUCGACACACCCUUGUUAAGAGUUACAACAGUGAGAUACUGAAAAUAGAUGGCAUCAGAGACCGGGGCUAUGUGAUGGUCAACAACAAAACUGUUGGCGUAUUGAUGUAUUAUGAAAAUCAUACUUUGCCAGUGUCUGUCAAACAAGGUGACACACUGGAUAUUUUAGUGGAAAAUGUUGGUAAAGUUUUUUUUCAACCUGGACUCGACCCAAAUCAGAAGGGUAUAGUCAGCAAUGUUUCUAUUGCUGGAGAUAUUUUGAUCAACUGGGAAAUAUUUCCACUGUAUCUAGAAAAUAUAACAAACUCCAAACAUAACAAAAUGUCUAGUCAAAGUCAGCCACAUAAAAGACAAAAUGGAGGCAACUGGACAACACCAACCUUUUAUAUAGCAUCAUUUAAACUUCCUAGUGGUGCUGAACCCAGUGAUACAUUCCUAGACCCCCGGCCCUGGGGUAAGGGUCAAGUUUUCUUAAACAGUUUCAACCUGGGUAAAUACUGGCCGUCCAAGGGGCCACAAGUGACUCUGUACGUGCCGAAGAAUCUUCUAUCAACGUAUCCUCAAGAAAACAAACUUCUCAUCCUGGAACUUGAACAUGAUCCAUGCGUUACCAUGCCAACCAACUGUACCAUGAGGUUCCUCGAUAAACCAGACUUGGGAAAACCAGACCUAUUGUUGUGAUUACUUUAGAAAUGUUGGUCAUCAAAGAUUUUAAGAAAGGUCUCAUUUGAAAAACUUACGAUUUAGCUUUGUUUGUUGAAUGUUACAUAGUUAUAUAAUUCAUUUAUUUUUUUAAUGAAAAUGUACUUACUUACCUUUGCUUGACACCCAAUAGCCGAGGUGUUUUUAAACAUUCAUUCAUUCAUUCAUUCAUUCAUUCAUUCAGAAUUUGCCAAUUUUUUAAAAAGCUUUUACAUAUAUAGAGUGAAUCCCCUAUAAACCAGACACCCAAGAAAAACCAAUAUCAAGGCAACAAGUAUUAUUUAGAUGAUUUAUUUUAUAUGGUACGGUAUACAAUCAUGUAAAUAUAUAGUCAAACCUGUCUAAGCGGUCACACAAGGGAGUAGAAAAAAGUGGCCGCUUAAGACAGGUGGCCACUGAGUACAAGUUGCCACUGAGUACCAGUUGCCACAUAUAUAGUCUUUAAAACAUUUGUUGUUGUUUCUUGUUUUACCAUCUGUACAGGCUAAUCAACGGAUACGUGCUUCACAGUUGACUAUAAAUCAACUUUUGACAUGCCGUUGCCUUCAGAAAUAAUGCAAAUGGAAUGUAUUAAAUUAACCUUUCCCAACAAGUUUGUUUUAAUUUUCCAUUUAAUUAUUUAAUUCCUACUUCAUCGGUGUAUGGUCAUAGUAAGUGAACCUACAAAUGUCAAGCGUAGCCUGCCCAGUGGCAAUUAGAUGCAUUCCAGAGUCAUACUUUCUUAAUUGAUACACAGUAGAGAUGUUAGGACUGAAUGGGUACUAGUAUUCUUGAAGGUGUGAAG